AUGCCACGAAUGUUUUUCGAACAUUGGGGUGGACGAAGGACAUUCUCGUGUGAGGAUUGCGGAACUUACUUAUCGAAUAGGCAGGAAGUCGUAUCUACUCGAUUUAGUGGAAACACCGGCAGAGCAUUUCUUUUCCGCCGAGUUGCUAAUACUAGGCAAGGUAGUCCUGUGAUUCGCAAGCUAACCACAGGAAAUCAUUUGGUUCGGUCAGAGACGUGUUUUGUCUUUGCUGUGGUACAAAAUUGGGAUGGCUGUACGAAUUCACCUGCCAGGAGUCAGAGCGAUAUAAAGAAGGUGGCGCCCAUUUUCUUUUUCCGAUCUAUUUCGACACUUUUUCGACAAUUAAAUACAUAACAGUGUUCCGUUAUCAAAUAAGCUCCGUAAUCAUCUUGUGA